AUGAAAAAAUUGCGUUCGUCAACAGCCACUUCUGAAAACUCUCAUAUUCCAAAAAAUAUUGCGCUGAAUCAGAGUUUUGCAGAGUCCCCCAACAGUAAUCUUCAAAACAGUAAUUUCCAAGAAGCAGAGGCGGAAUAUGUACCGAAACUGACUUUUUGUGGUCUGAUUUCGAGUUUACGAAAACAAAAGCGAAACUCAAAUACAAACGCGAAUGAAAGUGAAAAUACUGAUGAGAAAGAUGUAGAACUCGCAGAUAAUGACAAGGAAAUAAGUCAGAAUAAAGACUUCGAUCAUACUCCCGCUGGUGGUUCAACACAAAUCAAUGAAACGAUAAAAGAUACCGAAGAGGAAAAAUUAGUUGGCGAAUCUUAUCCACAACCGGGAAAUGAUUGUGAAAACGCGGGAAAUCUUAGUGAUCUGCAAAUUAAGGAACCCGCGGAAAAGGCAGAAAUGCCACAGAAUUCAGAAACCAUAUUAUCUUCAAAUGAAGUAGCUGUUCCCGCUAAUUUGAACGGGAUACAUUCCCACCCACCUCAACCUUCUAAGAAUAUAGUAGUAAGUUCAUUCAAGCACUCCGUUAUUAGCUUAGAAGAGCCAGAAUGUGGAACCCUUCAGCAGGGCAAGGAUCUGGAGAAUUUACAAGCGGUUGUUCAUACUCAUAGUAAAACAACUCUAAAAGGCUCAAAAGUGUGUAUUUCAGAAACUAGUAAUUCUACUAAGUUCAGGAUUACUUUCAAAGGCAAAUUAAAUUCUGCCUUCAAGAAAGCUAAAAAUUGUCAUGAUGGAAAAGUGGAGGCAAAUGCAGCUGAAAAUGAGCCGAUUGACCUGGAACCAACAAUUGAAAAAAUAUCAGAUGACGAGGAAACAUAUGAUCAUGCCAACCAGAGUAACAACAAUGCAGCGAACGACAUUAGUAACGCAACAAUUGAGUAUGCUCUUCCUGAACAAGAAAAGAAACCUACAAAAUUUUUACAGCUUAUCCGAGAGGCCAGAGCCGCUAAUAUGGUUCCUCCAAGCCUCCCAGUGCCCUCCUAUUCAUGGGAAAAGAAAGAAGUCACCGAUGAGGGAAAUUGUAUGGUUCUACCAACUCGGAAACCAAAGAAGCGAGACGAAAAGGCAUCUACUCAACCAGAGACUGAAACUACUUCUUCCGCAAAUAACGCUAUAAAGGAAGAUAAUGAGGUGGUGGAGAAAUCGAAGCCGGCGCCUUCUCUUCAGGAUGUGAUAGAGAAGAUGCAAAAGAUUAAAGAGGUCGAAGCUGAAUUAAGAGCGAAGAGGGAAAAGAAACAACUAGAAGAGAGGCAGAACAAUUCGGUGAAGAGUGGACCUUUUGGUAAAUCUGCGGAGUGUGAAAAAGGCUUUGCCACUCUGAAUUACAAAGAGAGACGCAGACUAAAAAGGGAAAAGGAAAUUGAGGAGGCCAGAAAGGAACUUAUGGAAACCGCGAGGAGUGCAUUAAAAGACCGCCUUGAAUUCAACAAGACACUAAAGAGUGCAAACAAUUCAGAAAAUGUUAGCAUAACUUUGUUUGGUGUAUCAAGUGGUGACAAUAACCAGUCAAGUAUCGCUUCAAUAGAAGUCGAAAAAUCUCUUGAUAGUGUAGAAAAUGUUACAGAUAAUGUGCCACCGCUUAAAUCAGAUGAAAGAAUGGGAGAUAACUCAAACUUACCUUCAAAUUUGGGAUUAAAGGAUAAUGAAAAGAUGUUGACUAAGCAGUCAAACACAUCUGGAAGAGAUUCAUCUGCAAAGAGUACAAAGGAAAGUGAAAAAAAUGGACGUAAGAAAAAAAAGCGAAAGAAGAAUCAUUCAAGUAAGCACGCAACUCGAGGUUCAAUUACUGCGUCAUUGCCGUGGGGUCAACAAAAUAUUCCCCUGCUACAAACUGCUGGUGCACUUCAAACCAUUCCAAACUUGCCAAUUCAACAGCCGAUUUUGGUUCCCGUUCCGAUUUGCAUGUCAUGUUGUGGUGCUCCACAGACAACCCAACCGAUCUGUUAUAAUCCCUUAAGUCGCUCUUUGAAUCCUAGAGUGCUUAGGAAAAGUCGAAGAUGCAGUACCUCUUCAUCUGAAGCCUACACUUCUUCUGACUGUGACUCAUACGGACAAAAGUCAAAAAGGAGACCAAAAAGGUGCAGGAAUAGGUUGAGUUGUAGUGACUGUAGUAGUUUUAGUGACACGUCUGCCUCGUUCGAGAUGGAGUCACCAAUCUCUCGAACGAAUUCCACUUGCAGUACGUCGUCAUCUUACCAAAAAUGCUUUAGUUAUACCACAUCUUUAUCAACAUCAUACGAUACAACUUCCGAAUGUUCUAGGUUUUAUUCCUCAACUACAAACUCAGACAAUGAUUUUUCAUAA